AUGACACCGGCGCACGUCGCGACGGCGGCGCCCGAGGCCAGCGACUUUUUCUUCGGCACUGUGCUGGGUCAGGGCUCCUACGCCAAGGUGUUUCAUGCACAAAUGAAGACGAGCCGCGCGGACUUUGCCGUGAAGGUGAUGGACCAGAGUUUCAUCCGCAAGGAGAACAAGACGGCGUUCGUGCUGACGGAGCGCAAAGUCAUGUCGCGUCUGGCGCACCCGAACGUGGUCAAGUUUUACUGCAGUUUUCGCGAUCAUCACAGUUUGUAUCUGGCCAUGGAGCUGUGUCGCGGGGGCGACCUCUUCGGCCUCAUUAGCAACGAGUAUCAAAAACAGCAGCAGCAAGGUGUCACGGAUGCUGCAUGCUCUUUCGAGCUGACGCAGUUCUAUACAGCUGAGCUGACCAAUGCGCUCGAGUACAUCCACACGCAGCGCGUCAUCCAUCGCGACAUUAAACCUGACAACCUGCUCCUCAGUGCAGAAGGCCAUCUGAAGGUGACUGAUUUUGGAACUGCAAAGGACCAAGAUGACGAGAGUAGCAGUGUGUGCCAAUUUUGCGGGACUGCUUCCUACGUAUCCCCAGAAGUGUUGCAUGACGAGCCGGCUUCGAGAGCUGCCGACUUGUGGGCAAUGGGCUGCUUGAUCUUCCAGAUGUUUACUGGCCGAGCUCCGUUUGUAGCCGAAAACGAUUACUUGACUUUCCAAGUGAUCAUAAAUCACUCGAGCGAUGAGUUCCAUUUCCCAGACAGCGUCCCAGAAGCUGCACAAGACCUUAUCCGGAAGCUCCUUGUCCAGAACCCGGACGAGCGCAUCGGCGCCGCGCAGAACGAAACAGGAUACGCCGCACUGAAGAACCACCCAUUCUUUGAAGGCGUCCAGUGGGAUGCACUUCGCGAUCAGACUCCGCCCUUUCGUCCUCCCAAGCUAGAUUUGCCUGAACCGACGUUAGAUGGCGCUUCAGACAACUGGACCGUUGCGGAAUAUUUCACGGGCGAUUUUUCCGAGAGCGCGUCGACUGAGUUCGGUUCCAAGCGUUCACGAAGUAACAGCUCGGUCCAACGCAACCGGCCAUCCUGCAUCGGAUACAGCGAGCAGAUCUGCUUUGAAUCUACGGUGAAGAUCCGCUCCAAGAUGUUCAGUCGUACUCGAGACCUGUAUCUCACAGAUGCCCCGCGUCUGGUUGUGGUCAGCUCGUGGUCUGGACGCUGUAAGCGCGAGAUGUUCCUGACGCCAGAAACGAUUGUGAAGGAGAUCGAUCCUCACACGUUCGACGUCGUGUCGCGGUCACAUACGAUCCGAAUCAGGGACUGCAGUCAUCUCGCUCAGCAAUGGGCGCGUGCGAUUGCAGAGGCCGUGUCGGAGUAG